ACGGUUGAAUACAUUGAUUCAUUCAUGACUAAGAUCCAAAAUCCAAGCCACCAAAUACUGAUUCCUUCACACUCUUUCGCUCCCUUCACAUCUGCACUUAUAAUGACACUUUUUUCGCAUUCCUGCAUAAUCUACACUCCUUAAUAACAAAUUAUCACUAUAUAAACUCUUCCUUUCUUCCUCAUACAAUCCAAUAUACCUUUUUCUUUUUCAAAUUAGACUGUUCCUUGGAAAAUGAAUAAUGCAAUAAACAUGUUACAAAAUUUGCUACUGUCACUACUGCUACUAUUACCCUUUUUCUGUCCUUUGCCCGUUCAAGGAUUUAAUCAACAUGAAAGAAAGCCAUAUAUUGUAUACAUGGGAAAUCUACCAGCGGAUACAAACUAUGCAGUGAAAGCCCACCACCACAACUUGCUAGAGACUGCGAUGGGAAACGAGCAGUUAGCCAGAACGUCCAAAAUACAUAGUUAUGGAAAGAGCUUCAACGGAUUUGUUGCACGACUUCUGCCACACGAAGCAGAGAGACUCCAAGAGGAGGAGAGUGUGGUUUCUGUGUUUCCAAAUACAGUUCGUCAACCACACACGACAAGGUCGUGGGAUUUCCUGGGAAUGCCCUUAAACGUGAAGAGAAAUUCCAUGAUAGAAAGUCAUAUUAUUGUGGGGGUGUUGGAUACAGGCAUUUCGAUUGAUAGCCCCAGUUUCGACGAUACGGGGUAUGGACCUCCCCCACGUAGAUGGAAAGGCAAAUGUGUAACUGGAGCAAACUUUACCGGCUGUAACAACAAGGUGAUCGGAGCCACCUACUUCAAUCUGGCCCAGAGCAACUCAAGCUACGACAGCGUGAGUCCGGCGGACGACCAGGGUCACGGCACUCACACGUCGUCGAUCGUGGCGGGCUCGGUGGUGGAGGGGGCGAGUCUGUUCGGCAUUGGCACAGGCACGGCGAGGGGUGGCGUCCCAUCAGCCCGUCUGGCUAUGUACAAAGUUUGCUGGACCGCAGGCUGCAGCGACAUGGACAUGCUCGCGGGCUUCGACCAGGCCAUUGCGGACGGCGUCAACUUCAUCUCCGUUUCCAUCGGAGGCCCCGCACAUAACUUCCUCAGGGACCCAAUUGCCAUCGGAGCAUUCCAUGCUAUGAGCAAAGGGAUUCUCACUUCUUGCUCCGCCGGCAACAAUGGCCCUCGCUACAUGUCCGUCGAGAAUGUCGCGCCCUGGAUUUUGACGGUAGCUGCUUCCUCCACUGAUAGACAGUUCUUUACAGCUGCUGCUUUCGGUGAUGGAAACAACGUCACAGGAAUGUCGAUUAAUACCUUUUCGCCCAAGAAAAAGAUGUAUCCAUUGACCAGUGGGUUCCUUGCUUCUAACGGUACCGACGAUGGCUUUGGCAGUCCUAGGGGUUGUGACUAUGGGACUAUGAGCAAGGAGAAGGUGAAGGGCAGGAUAGUGUACUGUGUCGGGGGAACGGGAACACAGGACUUAACCAUCAAAGAUCUAGAGGGAGAAGGAACUAUCGUAGUCGUUGACGACGUAAUAGACGCCUCCUUCUCCACUGUUAUUCCAGCUACCUUUGUUGAAGCCAAUGCUGUGGACGAAACCAUUGAUCUCUACAUCAAUUCCACAAAGAAUCCUGUAGCCGUUAUUUACAAGACAACAUCUAAACAAGUCCCUGCUCCAAUGGUUGUUUCUUUUUCAUCAAGAGGUCCUCAAACGAUCACCCCAAAUAUCUUCAAGCCUGACUUGACUGCUCCGGGAGUGGACAUACUAGCUGCUUAUUCCAAACUGGAAUCAAUAACAGGGUACCGUGAAGACAAUCGUUUUGCUGUUUUUAAUAUAUUAUCAGGAACAUCUAUGUCGUGUCCACAUGUCGCUGCAACAACUGCGUAUGUCAAAUCCUUCCACCCUGACUGGAGUCCUGCUGCAAUUAAAUCUGCUCUAAUGACCACUGCCACUCCCGUCACGAUCGGUGACAACUUCACGGUACUGGGAUCUGGAUCAGGACAGAUUAAUCCUGUGAAAGCAUUACAUCCUGGUCUGGUCUACGACAUCGGAGUGCAAUCCUAUGUCUCCUUCCUUUGUAAGGAAGGCUUCAACAAAACCAACAUUGGUAUACUACUUGGCAUGAAAAAUUUCAAUUGCUCAAGCAUUAAGAUUGAGCCAGGAACGGACGGGAUCAACUACCCCAGCAUACAUAUCCAACUUGCCACUCCCCUUGAUAGAAUUUCUGGAGUUUUCUAUCGGACUGUUACUAAUGUAGGAUUUGGAAAUUCAACUUACAAGGCUAAAGUUACAGCCCCUGAAGGUCUUUCAGUGAAGGUCAUCCCAGAUACAUUGCGUUUUAUCCAAUUGCACCAAAAACUGUCAUUUAAGGUUGUUCUGAAGGGCCCCCCAAUGUCCUUGGACACGUAUCUAAAAUCUGCAUCACUUGAAUGGGACGACUCUAGACACACUGUCAGAAGUCCGAUAAUUGUCUAUAAACCAAUGUCAUUCUAUUGAAUGUAUUGAACCGUAGUGGACAGUAGCAUAAUCUAGAAAAUUGGCUGCGUGAGUUUUUUGGAUUCAAGGAAAAAGAAAAUGAGAAAUUUAUUUAACAAAAAAAGAUAGUUGAGGAAUUCUCUAUUUUUUCCCUCAUUUUUAUACAUCUUAGUUAUUU